UUUAAUUAUUUUAUUUGGUGGGUGGGAUAUAGCAGUCUGGGUUUCCUCCUUGAUUUUUCCCCCCUGAGGAAGAACAGCAGCAGCAACAACAACAGAUGGGGAUCGGUUCUGAGGAGGCCAUCCGGCAGCUCCGAGCUUUGAUGGAUCAUGUUGGGGAGCAAUUGAAGUGCACUUUUCAGAAUGUUCAUCAAGGAUAUCUAACCGAAACUUUGGAGCGGUUCCUGAAGGCGCGGGAAUGGAACAUUACCAAAGCUCACAAAAUGUUGGUGGAUUGUUUAAACUGGCGAGUUGACAAUGAAAUCGACAUGAUGUUAACCAAACCUAUAGUUCCUGUCGAUGUUUACAGAGCGAUUCGUGAUUCUCAGCUCAUAGGACUUUCGGGUUAUUCAAGAGAGGGCCUACCAGUCUUUGCCAUUGGUGUGGGACUCAGCACAUUUGAUAAAGCAUCCGUCAACUACUAUGUGCAAUCGCACAUUCAAAUCAAUGAGUAUCGGGAUCGCAUAGUCUUGCCUUCUGCAUCGAAGAAGUAUGGGCGGCCUAUUACGACUUGUGUAAAGGUUUUAGAUAUGACCGGUUUAAAGCUGUCAGCACUGAGCCAGAUCAAGUUAUUAACAAUUAUAUCAACCAUCGACGACUUGAACUACCCAGAGAAGACGAAUACUUAUUUCAUAGUAAAUGUCCCUUACAUAUUUUCAUCUUGUUGGAAGGUAGUCAAGCCUCUGUUGCAGGAAAGGACUAGGAAAAAAAUACAAGUUUUAUCUGGUAGUGGAAGAGAUGAACUGCUGAAGAUAAUGGACUAUUCGUCUCUCCCGCAUUUCUGCAAAAGAGAAGGCUCUGGAUCAAACCGUCAUUCAUCUAAUGGAGCUGAAAAUUGCUAUUCUUUGGACCAUCCCUUUCAUCAACAACUCUACAACCAUAUCAAGCAGCAAGCAGUUCAGGAAUCUUCCAGACCGAUCAAACAGGGAUCUGUGCAUGUGAGUCUACCCGAAUCAGCUGCAGAAGGAAAUGAUAUUGUCAAAACCAUUGAGUUAGAGUUGCACAAGUAUGGGAAUGGGAACGGAAAUGGAUUAUCCAACUCGCUAGGCAGCCUGAAAAUUUGAAGACUGAGGUAAUAGAUAUUAUGAUGCCUCCUACAGCAGCUCGAAGCAACAGACAUUGGCUCUUCAUUUCAAGAUGUUGAACGCUGCGGGCUGAAAGGUUCAGAUUCGAAGCCCUGUCAAUGGCAGCAUUAGACAAGAAAUCUACAUAUAAGAAAAUAUAUCGAAUGUAAUUUCACGUAUAGACUGGCUAAGCAGUCGAGCUCCGUCGUAGCUAGAUAAGGUAUGUGCAAUGCACUUGUCCUCUAGUCACUGUUCUUUAGUUACCUCCUUGCUGCACAGGCCAUUUCAUAUAUAUAUAUAUAUACUGAUAGGCUGCUGUCUACUAAAUUUCUAGGCAUCUAAUGAUAUAAUAAAUAGUUUCUUCAAA